GGGUUCGUAAAAGAUAUCUUAGAUAAAAUUGCAAUCAAACUUAAUCUAGAUUUUAAAAUUGAAGAAGUCAAGGAUGGAAACUUUGGUGCUAUACAGUCGGAUGGUAGUUUUAAUGGUAUGAUUGGCGAGGUUAUAAACAAGGAAGCAGAUAUAGCCGCAGCUCCAAUAACAGUCAGUUCCAGAAGAAGAGAAAAACUAGCCUUCUCUACUUCAAUACAAAACUUUGGUUAUGUAAUGGUCAUGAAAAAACAAGAGGAAACGUAUAUUCAACCAUCGUUUCACGAGAGGAUUUCUCAUCUCUACCUUCCCUUGGCUGAUAGUGUGUGGCUAAUGUCCCUAGUAGCUUAUUUUAUUACUAGCACUGUUCUCUUUAUCGUUGGCUAUGUCAAUCCUUAUGAAUGGCGAAGGAUGUCUAGAGAUGGUGAAGCUACUGCAAGAGAGGGAGAAACAUUCAAUUGCAUCAACUCCUUCUGGUUUAUCGUCAGUUCCUGGGCCUUGCAGGGUAAAACACCAAGAUCAGUUGGUGGAAGAACUGUUGUUCUUUUCUGGUGGGCCUUCGUCAUCAUCUUUGUUUCAACUUAUAUAGCUAGUCUGACAAAUCUUUUACGAAUCAAUCCAAUCAAAUCUGAAGUAACUGGACCGAUACACAACCUGGAAGAACUCAGUGUUCAGUCUGAUGUCAAAUACGGGAUGCUGAGUGCUGGUGCUACGAAAAACUAUUUUGAAACCGUACCUAUAGCUUACAUGCAACGAAUUUCUAACUAUGUCGAAUCAAAUAAAGCUGGUACUGAAAUUAACACUAUUAAAGAAGGUAUAGAUAGAGUAUUGUCAUCUGGAGGACGAUUCGCCUUUAUCAUGGAAUCGGCAAUGGCCAAAUAUUACACCAAGACAACAUGCGAUCUCUAUUACACUGGAGACCUAGUAAUGUUGGGAAAUUAUGCAUUUACUUAUCGCAUCGGUUACAAACAUGCCAAAGCUAUUGAUGUGGCUAUCCUAGAAUUACGAGAGAGUGGAGAAUUGCAGAUAUUAGAAGAUAAAUGGUUUGGUGGUUUUUGU